UAUAAGGGCGGCCCAGAUCGAAGCAAAACUGGAGCCCAAGUAUAUAUAAAUAAGCCCCAAUAUGGAAGGAGUGACAUUGAGGUAAAAUUACAUAGCUUCUUCUCAGAUAAGGAAGGAACCCUAAAUCCAUCGAUUGCUGCUGUCUAUCGGACGGAGAUCAUAUGGCUGGUGGUGCCCGUUGCGGUGUCCGUUCAGGCGGAGGUUUGAGAUCGUCCGGAAGAAUUGGAGGAAAAUCCACCGGCCUAAGGUCAGGUCCCAGAUUAAGUACCAGUGAACAACAGGAUGACCUUGUGAGGAGAUAUCCUGGUGCAGCUUAUAUUGUUACUCGUCGAAGAUCAGAACCUACCGCUGGCGCUGGCGCUGUGGCUUCUGACGAAAAUUAUCCGUUUGAUUACUGCCAGACGCUUCUGGAUUACUACUAUGAUACAACACGCUUGUGUGGGAGCGACUAUACCGAUAGUGUAUCAUAUCGCAACGCUAUACUUAAUAUUUGUGGUAUUCAGGUGUCACCUGAUGAGUUAGACAAGAAGGCCUCUACUUCCACCAACGCUGCAGCUCAUCUUUGAAGAAAUGUCUCGCCCCAAUGCGUAUCUGGUAUAGACGGUUCAGUUAGAAAACAUGUGGAUGUUGUAUUGCUUUUGAGGGGAUCAAGGAUUUGUAUUGGUCAUCAGAUACCUGGAUCUAAAUUUUCUACAAGUCAGAUUAUGUAUCUUGUGUGAACUUUCCCCCUUGUCAUAUAUCCUGUACUGGUUUUAAGACAGUCUCUUAUCCAGGGUCCAUAACUCCGUAUGAAGUCUCUUGUGUGAACUUUCCAAUUGUGAUA